AUCUCCACUGUCACUGAACUCAAAAACAACAAACUUCCAGUGGCUCGGUCUAUCGAUAUCCUUGUGAACCAGAAUUAGUGAUAUGAUAUCGUUGCAUACGCUGUAAACAGCGGGGCGAGCCUGUGCGGCUCUGCUCGGGCGAAAUGUACGCCUUUAUAUCAGCGUUGGCGCUGAACGCCUUCACGACGCUGCUCUUGCGCACUCAGGACCCUGGAAAUGAUAGCACGCUCGUACUAUCAUACGCUGUGCUGGCGGCGCACACGCUUGCUCUGCUUCAAUUGGUCGCUCCAUGCGGCGUCUACGUGUACGUGCAAUGGGCAUGCAGCGCUCCGCUGCUGUGGUGGCUCCUGUCGCAGCUGCUAGGCACGCUGCCGCCUGUGACCUGGAUCACAACGCAGCGGCUCAAGCGCUGGGCGCUGCUGGAGGUCGCCGCGGCAGUGCUGGGGCUGGUCACAGUCGUGGCAGUGGACAUGCCGGCUGCGCGCGUGAGCAUCGGCGUAGUCCUGGCUACGGGCCUCGGAUCCGAGCUGCUGCCCCUCGCGUUGCCGCUACUGCGGAACCUGCUCCGCUCCGCCAGUAGCAGUAGCAGCAGCAGUAGCAGCAGCGGCGGCACAGGCGCAGGCGGCCACGGCAGCAGCACCAGCCCGCACAACAGCGGCAGCCACGUCAGCAGCCGCGCAGCGGCGGCGGCGGCGGGCGGCAGUCGGUCGCGCGGGGGCGCGGCGGCGGGAGGUGGCGGGGGCGGCGGCGGGUCCGCGGCUGCUACAGCCGCUGCAGCGGCGGGUGGCCCGCAGUCGCUGCCGGCUCCCAUGGAGGCGUUGCUAUGUGUGAUGGUGCUCAGCAAGCUGCUGCAGGCGCUGGCGGCGGCGGCCGUGAGCGGCGUGGCGGCGGAUCGGGGCCUGGCGCUGAUGAGCGGGCGCGAGCAGUCGGGCCUGCCCUGGGCUCUGUGGCUGUGCAGUACGGCACUGGCACUGUACGGCCUGCCGCUGGCGGUGGCGAUGUACUACGGACUGGUGCGGUACGCGGCGUCCAUGCUGGUCGUACGGCGUACGGCACUGCGCAGGGCCUCGAGCCUGGGCCUGGAGACAGCGCUGGGCGAGUGGGGUCAGGCGGGCCGGGCUGGCGGCAGCGGUAGCGUCACGCCGCCCUCGCGCAGCCGGCUGCAGGCGGCGGCGUGCGGCCACGACAGUGACUCGGACGCGGGCGGCCCCUUCCUGCCCUCGCGGCUGCUGGAGCUGGGCGAUCUGUACCGCAUCACCGAGGGCUCCGAGCCCAGCACCAGCGGGGAUGAGGGCUUGCGCGGCGACAUGGCGCUGCUGCAGCUGCUCUACAUGGCGCGCACCACCUUCCGCGGGCAGCGCACCAGCACAGACCUGCCACCCGGCGAGCGGGCCGCAGGCGGAGGCGGAGGCGGAGGCGGAGGCGGCGGAGGCGGCAGGGAGGGCGGGUCAGGAGGAGGGGGCGCAGGGGCAGGAGCGGGAGCGGGUGCGGCAUGGCCGUGGGGCGAGCGGCGCUCGGCGCUACUGCCGUACUCGGUACCGAUCGUGCCGACGAGCUCGACGGCCUGCCAAACCGACCCGCUGCUCGAACCCACCAGCGCCUCCACCUCCACCUCCACCUCCGCCACCUCCGCCACCACCACCACCACCACCGCGCCCAAGCCGCCCACGACCAGCACCGGCCUGCAGUGCGAGCUGGCGCCCUCCACCGUGACCGUCACAAAGGAGGUGCCGGUGGAGCUGCCGGUGCCCGCCCCCGCCGCGCCCGCCGCCCCCGCGCCCGCGCCGCUGGCAGACGGCGCGCUGGUGGCGCUGCUGGUGGCGUUGCGUGAGCACUCGUCCGACAUUGCGCAUGACAUGAAGAACCCGCUGAACGGCGUGCUGGCGCUCAGCCAGAACGUCAUAAUGGGCACGUUUGGCGAGCUGCCGCAGGUGGCUAGCGACCAGUUGGGUGUGGUGCGUGCCUGUGCCUACCACCUACUCAACAUGAUAAACCAGCUGCGCGACUGCCUCAAGAUGCUCCACGGCGGCGAGCCCGAGUUCAACUGCGGCCGUGUGCACCUAGGCAACGCCAUUGAAGAGGUGCUCAAACGCAUGAGCCCCAUGGUGGGCAGCCGCCUCGCCAUACGCGCCGAGCACGACCCCGCACUACUGGUGUACGCAGACGACGCGAGGCUGUACCAGUCGGUGCACACGAUACUGGCCAACGCGUUCAAGUACACCCGCAAGGGCACCGUGACCAUCGACACCGCCGCCUCGGCCGACAAGACCACCGUCACACUGCGAGUCAGCGACACAGGCACGGGCUUUUCCCAGGAGCAGCAGGAGAAGUUCAACUCGCCGCUGACCGGCUCGCCCGCUGAGCAGCUGGGUCUCGGUCUGACCAUGGUCAAACGCACCAUGGCGCUCUUCGGCGGCACCAUGCGCCUGGGCAACCGCUCCGGCAGCAGCAGCGGCGGCGGCGGCACUGCCAGCACAGGCGGCUGGGUGGAGCUGACGUUCCGGGCCAAGGAGGAGGUGCCGCCGCUUGGUGCCGGCCUGCCGCCGCCGCCCUCACUGCCACCGGCAGUGAUGCCCAUGGCGGCGCCGCUGCCCAGCGGCAGCGUUGGUAGCAGCAGCAGCGGCGGCGGUGGCGGCGGCACUGGUGCGGCUGCUGCCGUGCCGGCCACGGCAGCAUCCGCUGCCGCCGCCGCGGGCAGCGGUGAUGGCGGCGGCGUGACGACGGCGCCGCCGCCGCGCAAGACGCGCAAGAGCAUCAUGGGCAGCGGUGCCGCUGGUGGUAUGGAGGAGCGGCUCGCCGCCGCAAACAACUCCAACGACGCGCCGCGACCCGCCGCCGCCGCCUCUGGCGCUGCCUCCGGCGGCGCCGCCGGCCUCACCGGCGCGGGCAUGGAUGACGCCCUGUUCCUCAACAAGUCUGGGGAGGAAGCUGUGCGUGUGUUGAUUGUCGAUGACGACCCGGUGAACCUGACAAUUCUGGAGGACCUGCUGCGCAGCGAGGGCUAUGAUGUGCUGACUGCGGCCAGCGGCACGGAGGCGCUGGAGACCUACCUGACCACCGACCCACAGCCCAAGCUGGUGCUGCUGGAUGUGACCCUGCCCGACAUGAGCGGCCACGAGGUGUGCCUCAAGAUGCGCAGCCUGACGCCGGGUGUGCCGCCGCCCAUCAUCAUGAUCAGCGGCAAGGCCUCCACCAAGGACGUGAUCAAGGGCCUGCAGGCGGGAGCAUGCGACUACAUCACCAAGCCCUUCCAGCCGCAGGAGGUGAUGGCGCGUGUGGAGACGCAGCUGCGGCUGUUCAUGGGUGAGGUGGCGCAGCUGCAGGAGGCGGCGGAGAGGAACAUGGCGCUGCUGCGGCAGAUCCUGCCGCCGCACAUCCUGGCCCCCCUGCGCGGCGGCACCCGCGUGCUGGUGGAGAAGUUUGGUGACGUGGCAGUGCUGUGUGCUGACGUGGUGGGUUUCAGCAGCUUGGCCGCCGCCGCCGACACCGCCGACUGCAUCAUGACGCUCAACCGGCUGUUCAGCACCUUUGACGGCCUGACGGACAAGCACGGCGUGCACAAGAUGGACUGCCACACGGACAGCUAUGUGGCAGCGCUGGGCCACAUGCCGCAGGACCGACACGUCAGCAACGUCAUGCAGAUCAAGGUGUUGCUGGAUCUGGCGCGGGAGAUGCUGGCGGCGGUGGACGGGCUGCCGUACCCGGACACGCUGGGCAAGAUGCAGAUCCGGAUCGGGAUCCACGUGGGCUCCAUCUUCGGCGGGGUCAUCGGCGUCAAGUACCCGCGCUACUCCCUGUUCGGCACAACGCUGCGGCUGGCGCAGGGGCUGCAGGCCACGGCGCUGCCCAACACCAUCCACGUGUCUGAGGUGGUACACAACCGAGUGCGAGCGGCGGGCGGCGAGACCUUCAGCCCCUACACCACCGUGCAGGUGCAGUCGCUCGGCAUCAUCCGUACCUACCUGGCCGGCCCCUCCGCCGCCGCCGACGGCACUGUGGGUGCCGGUAUGCUCGACUUCUCCCAACUCGACCCGGCCGCCGUGCUGGACUACCUGCGAGGUGCCUCGCUCGCCUCCCACGGCGCCUCCGGACUUACCAUCCUGUCCUGCCAGCUGGCCGGCGGCGCCGCCGUCAGCGGCGGCGCUGGCUUGUUCGGUGGCGGCGGCGGCGGUGGCGCCCUGGGCAUGGCCGGCGGCGGCGGCGGCGGCGCCAACGCGGCGGCGGCGCUGGCGGCGGCGGCGGCGCGCACGAGCGGCGCGCGCACCUCGGCGACGGGCGGUAGCUCCACUGCUGCUGGCGGCGGCGGCGGUGGCGGCGGCGGCAUGCACGCGUUGACGAUGGCGUCGAUGCCCAUGGCGGCGUCACCGCCGCCGCUGCCGCCAGCGGCUGGCGCCGCCGGCGGUUUGAGCGGGCGCACAGCCCAGCAGCAGCAGCAGGCGGCGGGUGUGGCGGCGGCGCGCGCAGCGGCUGCAGGGGGUGCGGCGGCGGCGCCGCCGCCGGGUAGGGGGUCCCCGACGGCCUCGGCCGCCGGCGGCGCGGCGCCGUACAAGAUCAUUCCCAUCGUCAGCGGGCAGCACGUGGCGACUGGCGACAUGCCGCUCGGCAGCCGCGAGAGCGAUGCCGGCUCCGGCUACGCUAUCACUUUGGGCAACGUGGCAGGCGGGCAGUCGGCGGCAGGCGGCGGCGGCGGCGGAGGCCUGGGCCUUGGCGGCGACACGAUCAUGGCGGUGAUUAGCGGCGACAUGGGCAGCAGCAUGGGCAGUACCAACGAGUCGGGCCUAGCCACCGCCGGCGGCGCCGCCGGCAACCUGGCGCCGCUGACCGCCGCCAGCGGCUCCGUCGGCGGCGUCAGCUCCAGCGCCGCCGCCCUUGCCAAUGUCAGCCACGCCGCCGUCGUGAAUUAUGCGUACGGCAGCCCUGGCGGCGGCGGCGGUGGCGGCGGCGGCGGCGGCGUGGGCAGCGCCGCCAGCCUGGCACCGCCAGCGGCGUCGCACGCCGCCGGCUUCGCCGCCGGCGGCGGCGGCAGCGGAAGCGGAAGCGGCAAACGCUUCGUCAGUGAGGCGUCGCUUGUUCAGGACCUGUCGCCGGGGCCGCCGGCGGCGGGGCUCAGCAGCUCCUCCCGCAUCCAGCGCAUGCACGCGCCGGCGGCGUCGGGAGCGGCUGGCGGCGCCGCCGCCGGCGGCCCGGCGGCGGCGCCCGUGCCGCGCCCUGGCGGCGGCGGCGCCGGCGGCAGCCGCAGCGGCUCGCGCGUGCCCUCCCGCAACACCUCCUUCCGUCUGGGCGCGUCGCCGCUGGCCGCCACCGUCAUGCAGCAGCAGCUGCUGUCUGCGCUGCAGCAGCAGCAGGCGGCGGCGGCUGCCGCCGCCGCCGCCGCCGGGCCGUCGCCGCCGUCGGGCGGGCAGCUGCACCUGGCGGCGGCGGCGGCGGCGGCGCCAUCGGCGGCGGCGGCCGGCGGCGCCUCCGCCGCCGCCAACGUCACGGUGGAAGACGUCCUGCUGGCGGGCUUCGCGUCCGAACCGCUGUUGCGGGUGCACAGCGGCGCCACGGCCGCCGCGGGCAGCGGCGGCGGUGCCGCCGCCGGCGGCCCCAAGCGCAGCAGCGGCAGCUUCAGUGGCAACGGCGAUGCCGAGGCGCUGGACGCGGCGGGCUUUGGCCCCGGCGGCGCCGCCGGCGCCGGCGCCGGCAUGAGUGCCGCCAUGAUGCGCCGGAUUGGCGGCGCCCCGCCCAAGGCCGCGUCCCUUGGGUCCAUCGGCCUGAUGGGCCACUCCGGCGGCGCCGCCGGCGGCGCCGCCGCCGCUGGCGGCGUCUUCUACGGCCACGUCAGCAGCACCGGCGCCGUCUUCUCGCCCGGCGGCACGCACAGCGCUACAGGCUCCGCAAGCAGCGCAGCGCUGGCGGGCGGCGGCGCCGCCAGCCUAGGUGGCGGCGCCGGCGGCGCCGCCACCGGUGGCGGCGCCGCCAGCGGCAUCCUGCUGGGCAGCGGCACUUCGUCGCCGCAGUUCCUGUCGCCCGGCGCCACGCGCGCCAACCUGCUGGUGCCGCCGCCGGGCAGCGCCGCCGCCGCCGCCGCCGCCGCCGCCGCCGCCGCCCUGGCGACCAGCUCUGGCGCCUACGCGGGACUGUCCGACGAGACGCGCGCGCGGCUGGCGCGGCUGCGCGGCAAUUCCGCCGCCGACCUGCAACAAGAGGGCGGCGCCGUCCCCACCGGCCGCGUCAGCUUGGCUGCUAUGCCAAUAUCCGUGGACUCGUAUAUGACGCCUGGCGGCGGCACCGGUACUCCCGCCAGCGCCGGCGUCAGCCGCCACGCCUCCCUGGGUAUGACGCCAACGGGCUGGGGCUCGGGCGCCGCCGCUGCCGCUGCCGCAGGGCUGGGCUCGCCCGGCGGCGCCUUCCUGAGCGCCGCCGCCAGCGGGGCGCUGGGCUCCGGCGCCAGCGGCGGCGGCGGCGGCGGCAUUGGCAUUGGCAACCUGGUCUCUCCUCCAGAGAGCGUGACGGCUCUUCUGGAGUCGCUGGGUUUGGGCCACUACGCCAAGAGCAUCGCGGGCGCGGUGCCGGGCGGGCUUGUGGAACUGGGUGGGCUGGAUGAUGCCGGGCUGCGCAAGGUGGGGCUGGUCAGCAGCCGCAGUCGGCAGUUGGUGCAGGAGGAGCUGAGGCGCUGGGGCUACCGAAGCUAACGGCUUUCUUAACCACCUGACGGUAACCGUAACGGUAACGGUAACGGCAAGGAAUGGUGGGCUGUGACGGCUGUGACGGCUGCAGGGCCGGCUGCCGGCCUGCUUACGUGGCCGUGACGCGACCGUGCGUGCUGCGUGAGGCACGGCGGCGGGCCUGCGUCGAGUCCGGGGAGUUAGUGUCACGUGGACUUGUGUGUUUUUGUGUCGCUAGUCGCGGCACGGCGUUCGACAAUUACGGAGUGAGAAUGCACGGGCUGCCACGCCACACAAUGGGUGGGCUUUUAGUCUGUUUCCAACAAUGCAGCGUUCAAAACCUUUGCACUGGGCAUUGUUGACCACGCGUCCCGACCCGACUGGACCGGACCAGGCCGGACCAGACCAGGUCGGGGCUGUCAACUUUGCUGCAACUUAUUUAUCGGGACUGCGGUGACACCGCGACAGUCGAGUUUUGAGAAUUGUGUGCUAGGGGUGGACGAUGGGGCCGAGCGGUUCAAUGGCUCGGCUAAGGCAGUCACAGCUAUUGUGCAUGAGCGCGCGUACGCGUACACAUGUGGGUCUGGGCGCGGGUGUGUUGGCGCGGCAGUGUGGGUGUGUGUGAGCGUGUCGGUGUGGGUGCCUUCGUGUUGAAAGGUUGCAAUUGCACGGCUUGAGGCCAUGCACGGAUUUUUAGGUAUUUUUCAAUCUUGUCUGCUGUGGACUUUGCUACCGUACUAAUUAUCACAAAAAUAGGCGGUAGGUCCAAGCUUGGCUGAAGCGCGAAGGCACCUCGCGCGUCGUGGACAACGGACUGUCUCAAGGUCGAGAAUGACUGUGAACUUGCCGUUUGUGCUCCUGCUGUCACAUCUAAGCAGAGACAGGGGAUAGCACCAUGCGCGAUGCGCGAUUUCGUGACAGCGAUGCCAGACGCAUGUAUGUUCACACAAAUAUGCGAGGAAUGAACGGCAACAAAGCUGCAGCAAGUGAAGGUGCUGGAGCGCAGAACCACGAGUGUGUUUGCAGCCCGGACGGCAAACGAGUGAAACUCGUGAAGCCGGGGCUGUUUAGUCAUUGCUUGCGGUUUGUGGGUUGUACACUUGUACUGCAUACGAUUGCGCCAAGAGCAUUGUGCGAGGAUGCCGGUAGCAGAAAUCUAAUUUCCAAAGUUCUGUUCCGGAGAAAUCGUGCGUAAACACACCGCAUGUGCCUAGGACACUGCUCAGGAGGGCGCUUCAAUUGCGAGUACCUAGCUUGCUCCUUCGCGUUGGAGCGAAGGGCAGGGACUUGGCGGGUGAGAGCUGUGGCCAGGGUCGGACAUGCAGUUAGGUACUGUUGUGCGCAUGUCUCUGCCGCACACGUGCACUUGCAUUAUGCGUUUGGGAACUCGUACAGUAAUACUUGCUGUUGUGGAGCGACCCGCGCCGAGCAGCAGCUCAGUCGCUGUGUAUGGGGGGUGGGGGGGUGGGGGGGUGUUGGGUGGUAUCAGUGCUCUUCCGAAUAGGAGCACCAAGUCCGGUCCGUGUCAAUCGUGUGCGCCGCUGAGGGGCCUCCAGGAGCCGAAGAGCUCUUGGUUGGGACGGCAGAGGUGGCGGCAUGCCGGGAAAGCGUGUGCGAUGGGACAGUGGUAAGGCAGGUUGGUGAAGUCCCGUAAGGUGCAGCAGAUUCCCAGCCAGAAAGGGUAACGACAUCACGUGCACGGUGCAUGAGGUGGGCGGGCAAAGGGCAUCCAGGCGCUUGCACGCUCCGCCUGCCCCUGACCCUGUCCCAUCGCAUCCAGACGCUUGCAUUGCAACUGUUGUGUUCUGGCGUUUGGUGACAGCCCAUGUCUGGGUGGCAGUGGCUGGCGUGGGGUGAAGGCGGGGGGUUUGAGUGUGCCAGCCGCUGGCAUGGUCGAGCUUGGGGUGCCACCCGCGGGUGGCACUUCUGAGGUGAACACCGAUUAGCGGCUCGCCUUGUUGUGAGGCUGUAACACCACGACGAA